UUGCAUCACCUCCGCGCGCCGGCUCACCGCUCUCUUGUCGGCGGGAUUGCUACUAGACUUGCUGGCCCGCGUGGCUAUCCAGGUACGCGGGGACCCUCAGCAACAAAAUGGUUCAACAAGUUCCAGAAAACAUAAAUUUUCCUGCUGAAGAAGAAAAAAUCUUGGAGUUUUGGACUAAAUUUAAUUGUUUUCAGGAAUGCUUAAAGCAAUCGAAACAUAAACCAAAAUUUACUUUCUAUGAUGGUCCUCCUUUUGCAACUGGACUGCCUCACUAUGGACAUAUACUUGCAGGGACAAUUAAAGAUAUAGUUACAAGAUAUGCUCACCAGAGUGGGUUUCAUGUUGACAGAAGAUUUGGAUGGGAUUGUCAUGGCUUACCUGUGGAAUAUGAAAUUGAUAAGACACUGGGAAUCAGAGGACCAGAGGAUGUGGCCAAAAUGGGGAUUACAGAAUAUAACAGUCAGUGCCGAGCAAUUGUAAUGAGAUAUUCUACUGAGUGGAAGUCUACAGUUACCAGACUUGGCCGAUGGAUUGACUUUGACAAUGACUACAAAACUCUGUAUCCAGAAUUCAUGGAAAGUGUCUGGUGGGUCUUCAAACAACUCUAUGAUAAAGGCCUUGUUUAUAGAGGUGUGAAAGUCAUGCCCUUCUCUACUGCAUGUAACACUCCACUUUCCAACUUUGAGUCACACCAGAAUUAUAAGGAUGUUCAAGACCCUUCAGUAUUUGUAACUUUCCCUUUGGAAGAAGAUGAAACUGUAUCUUUAGUUGCUUGGACAACCACUCCCUGGACUCUGCCUAGUAAUCUUGCCGUCUGUGUUAAUCCAGAAAUGCAAUAUGUGAAGAUUAAAGAUGUUGCCAGAGGAAAAUUGCUCAUUUUAAUGGAAGCCAGAUUGUCAGCCCUCUAUAAAUUGGAGAGUGACUAUGAGAUCCUUGAAAGAUUUCCUGGUGCCUAUCUUAAAGGCAAGAAGUACAGGCCCUUGUUUGACUAUUUUGUGAAGUGUAAAGAGAAUGGCGCUUUCACUGUGCUCGUUGACAACUAUGUGAAGGAAGAAGAAGGCACAGGGGUUGUCCACCAAGCUCCUUACUUUGGUGCUGAUGACUAUCGGGUCUGUAUGGACUUCAACAUUAUUCGGAAAGACUCACUCCCCGUUUGUCCUGUGGAUGCAUCAGGCUGCUUCACAGCAGAGGUGACACACUUUGCAGGACAGUAUGUGAAGGAUGCUGACAAAAGUAUCAUCAGGACUUUGAAGGAACAAGGCCGACUUCUGGUUGCCAGCACCUUCACUCACAGCUACCCUUUUUGCUGGAGAUCAGACACUCCCCUCAUUUACAAAGCAGUGCCCAGCUGGUUUGUACGAGUAGAGAACAUGGUGGACCAGCUCCUAAGGAACAAUGACCUGUGCUACUGGGUCCCAGAGUUUGUGCGAGAAAAACGAUUUGGAAAUUGGCUGAAAGAUGCACGUGACUGGGCAAUUUCCAGAAACAGAUACUGGGGCACCCCUAUCCCACUGUGGGUCAGUGAUGACUUUGAGGAGGUAGUAUGCAUUGGGUCAGUGGCAGAACUUGAAGAACUCUCGGGAGCAAAGAUCACAGAUCUCCACAGAGAGAGCAUUGACCACCUGACCAUUCCUUCACGCUGUGGGAAGGGAUCCUUGCACCGCAUCUCUGAAGUGUUUGACUGUUGGUUUGAGAGUGGCAGCAUGCCCUAUGCUCAGGUUCAUUAUCCAUUUGAAAACAAGAGGGAGUUUGAGGAUGCUUUUCCUGCAGACUUCAUUGCUGAGGGCAUCGACCAAACCAGAGGAUGGUUUUAUACCCUGCUGGUGCUGGCCACGGCCCUCUUUGGACAACCACCUUUCAAGAAUGUAAUUGUGAAUGGGCUCAUCCUGGCAAGUGAUGGCCAAAAAAUGAGCAAACGGAAAAAGAAUUAUCCAGAUCCAGUUUCCAUUCUCCAGAAGUAUGGUGCUGAUGCGCUCAGAUUAUAUCUGAUUAACUCCCCUGUGGUGAGAGCAGAAAACCUCCGCUUUAAAGAGGAGGGUGUGCGGGACGUCCUUAAGGAUGUUCUGCUCCCAUGGUACAAUGCCUACCGCUUCUUCAUCCAGAAUGUUGUGAGGCUUCAGAAGGAAGAAGAAAUAGAAUUUCUCUACAAUGAGAGCACAGUUAGAAAAAGCCCCAACAUUACGGACCAGUGGAUCCUGUCCUUCAUGCAGUCUCUCAUUGGCUUCUUUGAGACUGAAAUGGCAGCUUAUAGGCUUUACACUGUGGUGCCUCGCCUUGUCAAGUUUGUAGAUAUUCUCACCAAUUGGUAUGUUAGAAUGAACCGCAGAAGAUUAAAGGGUGAAAAUGGGAUGGAAGAUUGUGUCAUGGCCCUAGAAACCUUGUUUAGUGUUCUGCUCUCUCUUUGCAGACUUAUGGCUCCCUACACGCCUUUUCUCACCGAAUUGAUGUACCAGAAUCUAAAGGUGCUGAUUGACCCUGUUUCUGUUCAAGACAAGGACACACUCAGCAUCCACUACCUCAUGCUGCCCCGUGUUCGAGAAGAAUUGAUUGAUAAGAAAACAGAGAGUGCAAUAUCUCGGAUGCAGUCUGUGAUCGAGCUUGGACGAGUGAUCAGAGACCGCAAAACUAUUCCCAUAAAGUAUCCUUUGAAAGAAAUUGUGGUUAUCCAUCAAGAUCCAGAAGCUCUUAAAGAUAUCAAGUCUUUGGAGAAGUAUGUCAUUGAGGAAUUGAAUGUUCGAAAAGUUACAUUGUCUACAGAUAAAAACAAGUAUGGCAUUCGGCUAAGGGCAGAACCAGAUCACAUGGUCCUGGGGAAGCGUCUGAAGGGAGCGUUUAAGGCAGUGAUGACGUCCAUCAAGCAGCUGAGCAGUGAGGAGCUGGAGCAGUUCCAGAAGACUGGGACCAUUGUUGUGGAAGGCCAUGAAUUGCAUGAUGAAGACAUCCGCCUCAUGUACACCUUUGAUCAGGCCACAGGUGGGACUGCACAGUUUGAAGCACACUCAGAUGCUCAGGCUUUGGUCCUCUUAGAUGUCACUCCUGACCAGUCAAUGGUGGAUGAAGGAAUGGCUCGGGAAGUCAUCAAUCGCAUACAGAAACUUCGCAAAAAGUGCCAUCUGGUUCCAACUGAUGAAAUCACAGUGUAUUACAACGCGAAAUCUGAAGGAAGAUAUCUGAAUAACAUUAUUGAAAGCCACACAGAGUUCAUAUUUGCCACCAUAAAGGCUCCCUUGAAACCAUAUCCAGUUCCUCCAUCAGAUAAAAUCCUUAUUCAAGAAAAAACACAGUUGAAGGGAUCCGAACUGGAAAUUACACUUACCAGAGGAUCUUCCCUUCCUGGUCCUGCUUGUGCAUAUGUCAAUCUUAACAUUUGUGCAAAUGGCAGUGAACAAGAUGGAGUAUUGCUUCUGGAAAAUCCAAAAGGUGAUAAUAGGUUGGACCUUUUAAAACUGAAGAGUGUUGUCAGUAGCGUUUUUGGUGUGAACAAUGCAGACCUGGCUGUCUUCCAUAAUGAAACAGAAAUACAAAACCAAACCGACUUACUGAGUCUUAGUGGAAAAACACUUUGUGUGACUGCAGGAUCGGCUCCCUCUCUGAUCAACAGUUCUGGCACUCUUCUUUGUCAGUAUGUCAACCUGCAGCUCCUGAAUGCAGAGCCACAAGAGUGUUUAAUGGGGACAGUGGGUACUCUCCUGCUUGAAAACCCACUUGGGCAGAAUGGACUCACCCACCAAGGUCUUCUAUAUGAAGCAGCCAAGGUGUUUGGCCUUCGGAGCAGGAAGCUAAAGCUAUUUCUGAAUGAGACCCAAACGCAAGACCUAGAAAAUAGCUGUUCUUCAAAUUAUAGAGAAUCGUAUUUUGAAACCACAUGUCUGGGACACUGAGUUGGCACAGCUUUUAGGCCUUUUUUGUAGACACAGGAAGUAUCUGUUUAUGAGGAAAAAUAAUCAUCUUGGUGUAGUACCCAGAGUUAGCCAGACUGUGAAGUAAUGGCAUAGUCCUCCAGAAGGCUCCAACAGUCUGUCCAAAAUCUAACUCCACCUGCAGGGAGUUAGGCCUCUACUGUGAACUCAGGAAAGAAUCCACACAAAACCCCCAUCACUUCUGGCACCAACUGCAAGUUCCAGGGGUUUUCCUACACCACCCUCAUGUUCAGUAACCUGCUAGGAGGACUCAGACUCACUGAAAGGUAUUAUACUCAUGGUUUCAUUUACUAUAGGGAAAGGAUACACAUUAGAACCAGUGAGAGAGAGAGAAAGCACAUCUACAUAUAUAUGUAUGCUCCAUAAGUGAAUUUCUUAGGCAAUGGUCAUCUGAUUGCCUUUACUAGGCAAUUCAGUAGGAUUGAUGAUUGGAUUGAUUGAUUGAUUGAUUGAUCAGAAUCUAGGAGGGAUUCAAACAAGGAUCACCAGGUCAUCAUCUCUCCCUGGAGUCAUGGAUAAUGUUUCCUUCUCCCAUCCCUUACAUCUGACAACACAGGGACUAUAUUACCAGCCAGGGAAGCUCACUUGAACCUUGCUGUCCAGUUUCUAUUGAGGUUUCAUUCUGCAGGUGUAAUUGCUGCCUUUCUCAGCUAAUACCAUGUGACCCAAAGUCCCCAUUCUAAAUCAUAUACUUGGUCUUUCUGUCUUAGCCAGCACUACCAUGAAUCAUCUCAUUAGCAACAACUGUCAGGUUUGGUGAACAUGCCCACCAUGAGAAACAAAGACUCUCCUACUAGGAAAUUACAAGGAUUUAGAGAUUCCCCUCAGGAGCUAGGACAAAGGGCAGGACUCUUAGGAUAGGGCCAAAUUCCUUACUACACAAGCAAUUAACAUUUUUUAAAAUAUUCACCCACAAUAGG